CGCUUUAGUCAUCGAAUCGCUCCACCAUUGUCUCCUCCUUUCAUAACCUCUCGCCACGAACCAACACAUCAAUGCUUCCUCGCAGAUAGAUUGCAGUAACUUCACCCUUUUCCCUUGCCCCUCUCGCUGCUCACUCCUCCCCUACCGCCACUCAGCGCCAUGCUGACAUCAGGGCUGCGGGCCGGCGUGGCAACCGCAGCCACAGCAUCGGCGCCUACCUUACGACCAGAGGCGGCAAAGGCCUUGUCCACAACACCGAGCGUUUUCACUAUCCUAGCACCACCAGCCACCCCGCCACUUGCACGACCCUUCACGACAAGACGCUCCACCCGCCGCGGCGUGCAUAUAGACUCGACGACCGCCUCGUCCUACCCUCAAUACCAGCACUACCAACCAGCAUCGCAGGCUGCAGAAGCCUCUUCGUCAUCCUCCUCAACAACAACGCCCUUCUACUCGCCACGCCCUUCCUCGUCAUCUGCAUCCUCUCCUCGCGCACGCUACCUUCUGCGCUACCUAGACGAGGACGUGGACGUCAAUGGCCACUUUGCCUCGUACGCCGCCCCACCUCCGCCCUCACCCGAGGAGCUCGAGCAAGAGGCUCAGCAACAGCAGCCUCAUCGCUAUGCAGCUGAGCAGCAAGAGGCGAAGGAGAGUCAUCGGCAUCACUUGGACUCCCUCUCCGAUGAGGAGCUGGUUGCUCACGCCGAGCAACUGGGCCGGGAGCAGCUGAGCGAGGAGGCGGCAAGGUUGCUGGAUUAUUUGGGGACGCACGGAGGAGGUGGAAGGAGGUUGGCAAGACGAAACUUUGUCAGCCGGGUGAUGCAAGUCUGGAGGGGAAACGAGAGUGAUUUGGAGAGAAGAAGGAGAGCUCUGCAGGGAUUGCUGAGAGGAGCUGCUGAGGCCGAACUCGGCGGUCGAGGGGAGGGCAUCACGAGCCUUGUCUCUCCCCACGAGAUGCUGCGCGUCUACGCCAUCCUAGUUGAGGUCGGACAAGGGCGGGCAGUGGCGCAGCAGCAGGCCACUGGCCAAGAUACCCAGAGCAGCGCUACGGGCCCCUUCUCCUUCCUCUCCUCGCAAGCAUGCAAUCGCCUAGCGCGCAAGAUUCUGCGCUCUGCCCACCCGACCCUCUUUCCCGUCUUUGUGGCUCUCUUCGAGGACUUGCAAGAGCGAGGACCGUCCCACGAGGAGCAAGAAGAGCGUACAUCUCCAGUCCUCACGACAAAUACAACCAUCGGCGCCUUUCUUUACGCCCUCCAGCCACGUGUCUGGCAGCCGCAAGGUGGACACAGCUUUGCCAGACGGAUAGUCAACGCUUUGUUGCAGCAAGAGCAGCAGACUCGCCGAUACGAUGGCAGUGUCGGGGCGAGGGAGGCGGCUCAGGUGCGCGGAGCAGGACAGGAUACUAGGGCCUGGCUCGCAGCAUUGGAUGGAGCUGCCGCAGCGGCAGAAGAGGGACAUCCGACCUCAGCGAAGGCAAAAGAGCAAAAGGACGCUCUCAUCUUCGAGCUGUUCUGCCGCUUGCUGCUCGUACGACUCUCCCUACAGCAGGGCACGAAAGACGGCGGGCAAAUCAUCAAGGAGCAGCUGAAGACCCUUGUUGAACAUUUGCCGCGUCAGCUGCUCGACGUGAAGGUGCAGCCUGUGUCGGAUCUGUCGGCUCCUUCUGCGCCGGUUGAUGUCAUCGCGGCACAGUACGCUCUCGAUACGAUUGAGAACAUCCUCCAGCACGGACAAGGAACGGAGGCGCCCAUUCAGCUGGCUGCGGAGCUUGCUAGGGAACACGCGAGUCUCAUCGCGAAGAGGGCGAUCGCGAUGCAGACUGGCGAAGAUUCAAACAGCACAUUGAGCUCAAUGGGGCCGCUCCUUCUAGAAGAGCUCUGCAAACGCAGCCUCGAAGUCAGGCGACCUAUGCUCGCCAUCCGGGCCCUUCUCGCAGUCAAACGUGCGAGCCCGUCUGGCUCGGCAUCGCCUCUCCCUUCACUCGCCCGAGCAGACACGCUCAUCUCCCUCAUCUCGACCAUGCGCCUCACAGAGCGACAAGGCUUCGCCCAAGCUCAGCUGCACGAGCUGUUAGGUUGGCGCGAGCAUGCUGUGCGAGAACCCUCCAUUCUCAACCUCCCCACCCCGCAACGCCCAUCCAUGCUGCGCGCUCUCGCCUUCUCCCGGCUCAAAGGCCCGCUUGCCUACCUCUGGAUGAGGUGGACUGACAAUGGUUCAGCAGGAGAUGGUCUGCUCUCCGCUCAUACGAUAGCCGCAGAUACGGCUCUCAUGAAGUUGCUGGUCAAGACGUUCGUACCGGGCCACAACGUCGGUGUCUCGCCUCAGGGAAAGCAAGAGCUCCUCGUCCCCGAGGAAGGGGCUCGGAGCGACGUCACUCUGCCUCUGCAAACACGUGAAGACGAGAUGGCAUUUGCGACUCACGUCCUGCAGUCCUUUCACCAAGCUCGAACCUCCCCUCCUACCUCGUCGUCGGCCAGUGGCUUCGAAGAGGACAUCUCAUCUCCGCAGCUAUAUGACCACUACGACCUCACAUCCCUCGCCUCCGCCUACCUCGACCUAGGCCGCGAGAAGGCUUGCUUUAAGAUCUUUGGCGAGUUGCUACAUCGCCGCGAGGUGCCAGAUGAGACGGACUUGCUAGUGCUACUCUAUGCUGUUGCGCGACGUGGCUCGCGAGACGAGGAUGAGGCGAGACACGCCAGGGCUUCGGCUCGUGUUGGGGUCCGAAGGGCGGUCAAGCUUUACGAGCGUUAUUGCCUCACCCCAUCGGACAAGAAGGGCGACGACGAGAAUCGAGUGCACAAGCAGCUGCGAGCCACUCCCAAGAUUCAUGCGACCUUGCUCCGUUUGGCUUUGAGGGCAGGAGAGGUGGACGUGGCUCACAAGCUGGCCCUCUCGGCGAUGCGUUUUCGGUUCCUCGCUCCGGAGCACGACGCGAUCCACACGGAAGAGGAUCAGGACGGCCCUCUCGCUCGACGUGGGGAGGCGCAGACGAUCAACACGCUCCUGCUUGCUGGACGAGCAUUCAGUCCCGCCUUGAUUGGGGCUGACCACCGAGCUAGAGCAGGGCGGCGCAAAUGGGUCGCAAACGUCUGGGAGGAUGUGGCGAAGAUGGCUAUUAAGAAGGUCAAGGCGAGAGCAUGGCAGCCUGACGCUGAGCUGUUGCAGCAUUUUGCGCGGGCGGCGUUGCGGGGUCAGGUUUCGCUCGGUGAAGCACGCGCGAGGCAGCAAGAGGCGGAUGAGCAGCAGCAGGUUCAGCAGGCAGCACGUCGCGAGACGGUGGAGAGGGAGGUCCGUCCACUACCACCACACCUCGCCGGGCAGCGCCAGCACCCUCUCACUGUCAACGAUACUCCACGCCGCCCUCGCCUCACCGACGCCUCUCUGCGCUCCGCCCUCACCUUCCUCGAGCUCGCUAGCCUGCAAACCCGCAACCUCGACGUGGAGCUCGUGCAAGAAGCCUUGCUGGCUUUGCAGAAUCGCGUGGCGAGGCUGUCGACUUCUAGGCGCGAGAAGGUGCACAGGGUCGAGUGGGUGCAGGUGCUGGAUGGAUUCGUCGCGAGAUGUCUGAGGAGGGUCGAGGGUGGCAGGGACAGGGCGACUCAGGCAGGGGAGAAUGAGCACGUGGAGUCGGUCAACGAAGAUGACCUUGCCGAGCAGGAAGAGGCGACGCUCUCGGCUCAACCCCAGUCGUCCUCGUCCGCCACACCGCGCACCUACUACCACCCCAUCCUCACCACCAAGACGCUCCGCCUCGUAGCGGGUACCUACGCCGAGUUGCGUGACCGUUCGGGAGCGUACCAGGUAGCUGCCUGGAUGCACGAGCGAGGAAUGGCCCCACCAGCUCAGACCGCGGGGUCGCCACGCCGUCAAGUUGUCGCCCUCCUCGGACCUAACCUGCGCCGCCGCCUCUCGGACCUUGCGAGGGGUGAUCAGAAGAAGGCCGAGGUGGCGCAGAAGCUCGAUGCGAAGGAUGAUGGAGGCGAGAAGGAGGGCCUGCGCAUUGCGAAGGAUCCAAGUCGGGAGAGAGAUAUCGAUUGCUGGGUUGACGAGGAGAAGUGGCGCAAGGACAAGCCGUGGUGGAAGAGCGACGUUUGGGAUGUGUGACUUUACGCUCGCUGAAAGGAGCAACGCAUCAGGGAUAGCGAGUAAUAUUCCACGCUCAACAAAUGCUAUCUAGUCACUUGCCUGAGCAA